AUGGAUGGAUCAAGCCUGGACAUUUAUAAAUACAGACGCGGUAAAGACAAGCAAUGCAUCUUAAUAAACCCGCUCGCCAGCGGACGUUACUCGGAAGACGUCUCACAAAAUAUUGUAAUAGAAGUGGACGAACAGAAACGACAAAAAAGAUACGCGAUACUACAAGAGCCCAAAUCUGACAUCACCACAAACCGAUUGCGUUAUUUCUUACUUAUUUAUUCUAAUCCAAUAUGGAAUGUUUUUAUUUUGUCCGUAAUAUUCGCAUCCUACAUGUUUGAUACAUGUCUUUACACCUUUUUUCGUGUGGAACAAAGACCUUUGUGGGUUGUUAUUAUGCUUAUUUGCUUUAGCUUCAUUUUUAUGAUCGAUGUCAGUGUUCUGUUUGGCUUGAAAUUCUUCCGGCAGUGGCGUAAGACAUUGAACAUUGUCGAGCCUUGUACUGAGAGAGUCAUCUUUGAUAUCAUUUUGGCAAUGCCAUAUCCGUUUCUGUAUUUUCUCAGAAAAGAAGUAUUUAUGGAUAUUCAUGCUAUUUCUCCAAUCAUUGCGACCGUUAGGGCUUACAGAAUAAUAGAGUUUUCCUAUAACAAAUCUUCCCAAGCAGGAACUAAUCAAUGGACCACAUUUUUGGCCCAAUAUUUAGUUCUAUUUCUGCUCUCCGUACAUUCGUAUACGUGUGUGUGGUAUCUGUUUUCAUAUAGAUCAUUUGACGUUCAUAAAAUUCGCACCUCCUGGUCAAUUGGGGCAAUUUACUUACCGACUGAAACUGUCCUAGAUUGGCAUUUUGUAUGUGCCUACUGGUCUGUGAUGAUCUUAACAACCAAUUCUUUGGGAGAUCUGUAUCCGGUAUCAACAUUAGAAAGAAUAAUAGCAACGCUCGCAAUUUUAUUAGGCUUCUUCAUUACAACAAUAGUCUUUGUCGGUUCAUUAACUUCACAAUUUAUUACUAUCACAACGAGACGAUCCAAAUAUGUACGCAAAUUGAAGAGAAUUCAGAACCAUCUGGCGUUGAUACAUAUGGACGAAGAUACAACAAAACGUGUUCUCAGAUACUACGAGGAUCUUUGGUACCAAAAGUCUGGCGUGUUUAAGCCAAAGCUUAUAAAGCUACUGCCAGCGCCUUUGUUGAUGGAAAUAUGUUACGACCUGAAUGCAGUACCUUUGUAUAGCUCUCUAGUAUUCAGGCAAUUGCCAGAGCCUUUCCUAAGAAGGCUUUCAUUAGCGAUGUGUCAUCAAUUCUAUCUGCCUGGCGAUAUUGUUUACAAUCACAACCAAAACAAAAGUUUCAUGAUUUGUAUCACAAAUGGGGUAAUCGAACUACUGUCAGAUGAGGAUGAUGAAAGUCCUAUGAUAUCGUUUGGUAAAGGCACGUGCAUUGGAGAAAUAUCUUUGGCGUUUAAUGUACCAGCGAGAUGUACCGUUAAAGCGGCGACCUAUGUUGAAUGUCAGAUCCUCAAUCACACCGAUUUCAUCAAACUAAUGAUCACCUACCCCGAUAUAAGCGUACAAAUAAGGAGUGAAAUGUUGGAAAGAAUUGGAAGAAGCCACACAAGGAAAAUGAAACAGCAUUCGAAACCACCUCUGACAUUAAAUAUAUACGCUUCGAAAGAUCAAAAGAAAAGUAGCAUAAAACGCUUGAAAGAUAAACUAAGGUUUCUGCAAGGUUUUACAGAAGAUAACGGUAUUGAUACUGACCUGGACGAGAGCUGUUUAGAUCUCUACAUCCUAUCCGAACAUAUCAAGAAGCGAUCCACUGUAUUCACUUGCGUUAGCGGAAACUUUCCUUGGAUUCUAGAAGCCAACUGCCAUUUGGUGAAAUACUGGCAGUUAUUUAUGCUCUUUAUAGUAUUCUAUAUAUGCAUAGUCUAUCCGUAUUUUAUCGGAUUUGAAAGGGAAUUUCCUGGCGGCAUGUUUUUUUAUACCGAAAUAUGUAUUACGAUAUCGUUGAUGUUAAAUGUAAUCAUGUCAAUCGUGACCGCCGUGAAGACUAAGAAAAAAUAUAUCAAAAACUUUACCGGCAUAUUAAAUUACCGUAUGAAUACACUUGGAUUUUAUAUGGAUUUAGUGUCGCUGAUACCUUUUGAGUAUAUUGUGACAAUUCAUACGAAUGUGGGGUAUUUGGAUACGCAUAGAAACCAUCUAUUUUAUAUGUGUAAGGGUGUGAAGCUUUGUCUGGUCUGGAGAAUAUCUAGUUUCUUUGAAGAGUUGGAGAAGAAAGUUAUGUCGAAUACAAUCAUUGUUAAGAUUGCAAAAUAUUGUGUAUACAUCGGAUUGCUAUGCUAUUGGUCAGGAGUCAUAUUGUAUAUGGAAUCUUGCUUCGUGAAUAGAUGUUCGCAACAUUCGUGGUUUGCGAGAGCUUUGAUUCGUGAAGAUCAAAGGCAUGGUGUGAUGUCUACAAAAACCAAGUACCACGUCUUGACUUCGAUAUAUUUCGCAACAACAAUACUCCUUUCGGUGGGUUAUGGUGAUUUUAAUCCUGGCGAUAAGCAGGACAUGGGAUUUAUUGCGUUUCUAAGUUUAUACGGAGUCCUAUUGACAGGAUAUUGCGUUUCCGAAUUUUCAGCUGUUGUUACACAUUGGGCGAGAACAAAAACUGCAUUUCUAGAAGUGAUCCUAACAAUAGAUAGAUUUAUGAAAGAAAAUAAUAUGCAUUCAGCAAUAAAAUCAAGAAUAAUGUCGUUCUAUGAACUACAAUGGCAAUAUAAUUCAGGUGUCGAAUUAACUGAUGAAAGUUGGCUCAAGAAAACCGUUGUACCAACUGAGUUACGAAAGAAAGUGCUUCAUCAAGCUAGGUUCAAGACGCUUACGUCAAUACAGUUCUUUCAAGUGAAAAAUAAAGCUUACAUACACACGUUGACUGAGACCGCAAGGGACAUAAUCCUACCUCCCGGGGAGAUAGUGUACUACGGUGGGACCGUUACAAGGGAGCUGUAUAUAAUUGAGAGCGGCUACUGUAUCGUCACGUCCAAAGAACUGAGGGAAACGCGAAGGGAACGUGUCAUCGGCCCCGGGAAUCAUUUGGGAUUGCUUGUGCUUUUGUAUGGAGUGCCUGCUGUUAGCACUAUAAUUACUUUAACACAUUGCAAAUUAAUUAGCAUCGGCCACUUCGCGUAUACUUCAGCACUGAAUUUGUUUCCUGACAUGAAGGAGCAUGAGGGUUUACUGACAUCAGACGAGUUGCAUAGCAUAGAACAACAAGCGAAAUCACAGAAUACAGACGCAUAUUUAAAACACUACAAUGUGCUGGUGGGAAAGCGUUUGUCGAGUUUACUAACGAAUGCAUUGCAAGAUUUUUUUAAUGAUUCAUUUAUAAAUGUGAAAAAAUACUACCAACGCAAAAACGAAAGUUAUCUUAAAUCUUUUCAAGAAUUUCACAUCCUGAACACCAUCUCCCCAUACCUGUUGCUCCCGAUCGCUAUCAAACCUGAUGGCACUUUCUUAAAAACCUGGGCAUUUAUACGAGUUAUAACGGCAUAUCUUCUUAGUUUGCUAAUUCCGAUUGUAGUAUGUAUGGCUCCGAUGUGUGGAAGUUUUAAUAUAAUUAUGAUAACACUGGAAGCUAUAUGCUAUGUAGACUUAUAUAUAAUGCUGCAUGUAGCUUAUUACGGCUCAAAGAAUCAGCUUAUUUACCAUCCAUACUUAACUGCGAAGAACUACUUAACGAGAUCCUUUGCAAUAGACUUCCUAACAUGUUUUCCUUGGUAUCUGUGUUGGAAGUUAUUUGUUCCUAAACAUAACGAGAGUCAUACCGAUGAAGAUCAUGGCGUAAAUUCGCACUUUUACCAUUGCAUUUUCCGAAUGGUCAAUAUACUUCAGAUAUACAAGCUGUAUGCUGUUUUUUGGGCUGAAUCGAUUGGCGCAUUAAAAAGGGCAUAUUUAAUGAGCGUGGUACAAUUUCUGCUCCUAACAUUGUUCUUUUUAAACCUAUAUGCUUCGAUACUUAUAACUAUGUCCUGCCGAUUCAUAGUGGCAUACGACCAGGAAGACUUCAUCAGACGCCUAGAAAGUCUACCUGGACCUUUUAUGGAAACGGUUUUUAAUCCUGGCGGGAAUAUGGUUUGUAAUUUCGGCUCUUGGAUUGACAGUGCGAAGAUUUUCAAAGCCAAAUAUCUAACGCCUAAAAAAGUAUACCUAUUAAGCUACUAUUGGUCAGCCGCGAGUUUCACCGGCGCCGGCUUCGGUGACAUCACUGCCCAAGAUACCGCCCACAUGCUCCUUUCGAUUUGCAUCAACGUACAUGGAGUUUUGUUCUUCGGAUACGUUUAUGCUCGAAUUGCAUCUCUCAAAGCCAUGGCGGAUCAGGUCAUAACAAAGUUUCAAGAGAAUCUCAAACACAUUGACUUGUUCAUGGCCAGGGAAAAGGUGCCAUUCAUUUUAAAGAAAUCAAUCAUUGAUUAUUGGAAAUACCAAUGGAAAAGAACCGGCGGCUGGUCGCACCAGAAAAUAUUGGGUAAACUGCAUGCCAACUUAAAUGAAGACGCGGUCUUGUUCAUGUACGAAAAGACACUGCGAGAGAUACCGUUAUUUGAAGCUGUCGAGUAUUCAUUCUUUAGAGCUUUCGCUAAGAAGUUGAAGGAGCGGUAUUUUCAAAAAGGCUACAUGAUCAUGCGAUCUAAUGAGGUCAUCAAGAAUAUGUACAUUAUUUAUCGCGGGAAGGUGGAUAUUAUAACCGACGAUAAUGAAGUGGAGGCGUGCAUGGGUCCGGGAGGUAUAUUUGGAAAUAUAAAAGGCGCUUCUAAGUACCUAACAAUGUCUAAUAUAACGGCCUCUAGAAAUUUAGACUUAUUGUACAUUGAAGGACACGAUUUCUUUACACUACUUAAGAGUUAUCCCAAUGUUUUAAGAAAGGUCAAAUAUUCUGUGGACACAGCACGAAAAGAUUAUGUUUUGCCAACAAUUUUAUCGGCGAGGACAAGCCGGGAGCUUGAAACUUACCCACUUUCAUAUGAAGUUGAAGAAGAAGAGGACGAAAAUGGAAUUGAGCCGAAUUUGUUUUUAGAAAGUCCAGACAAAAGCAUUGCAGAAUCGCACGGUUCGCGUUCUAUUGCUUCAGGAUAUAGCGCGGAUUAUACAUCAGCGAUUACAUUAAUAUUUCUGCCGCAUAGAUGGUUCCGGAGCAGUAUAAUUCCCGACAGCAAAUGGGUUACUUUUGUUGAUUAUCUCGUAUUAAUAGUCGCGUACGCAGACUUCAUGAUAUUGAUAUAUCAAAUGGCGUUUCUAUCGAACACGUAUUUUUUCAACAUCUGCGUCGUGUCCGAUGUUAUAUUCUUCUACAAAACCUUUCUGGAUAUUCACAGUGGUUAUAUGAAUCGAUAUGGGGAAUAUAUUUUGAAUUAUAGAAAGGUCCGUCACAUGUACUUUUCAAAAGUCUACCUACGUCGACGAGAUUUUCUAGCUAAUCUGCCAAUAUCCUACUUAGCAUUCGCAGUGAAUCUCACACCAACUAUGCAAAAUGCACUAUUUUGCUAUCUGAGGACCCCACAGCUUUUUCGCAUAACGUAUUUAUUUACCUACCGUCAGCAUAGGAAAAUAAAUAUUGGGACUGCUAAUUUGUUACUUAAGUUGACAACAAUUGCAAUAUGGGCCUCGAUAUUAUCGCAUAUAAACGCGUGUUUGUUUUUCAAAUUGUCUUGCCUCACACCUGUGCAUUGUACGUCAGCCAACUGGAUGUCGAAGCCUGAGCUAAAUCUACGCGCUAAGUAUGCUGAGAAAAACUAUUUCCCUCUUUACGUUGCGUCACUGUGGUACAUAAUAAAUUUGCUUACAAUCACUGGAACAGGUGAUGUGUCGUCACAAAAUGAUUUCGAAGUUAUCGAAACCGUUUUCAUCACUAUAGUUAUUAAAUUUUGUACAGACUGUAUAAAUUCAAGUACAAAGAAAGACCGAGUGGAGCAAGGCCAACUCAGGUCUGGACUUAAAUCGAUUUCUGUACGCUCAAACCAGGCUUCAGUAGGUCAUGGCUCUUCUGCAGCUCAGACACUGCGUCGAACUAUGCCAAAAUUAGUGACGAGGCUACCAUUUCGUCUGCGUUGUCAAAUAAUGCAAGCGGUAUAUGGCAGCCACAUUAGAGAGUCCGUGAUAUUCAGUAAGACGGACGAUGACUUCAAACGAAUGUUAUGUAUGUGGCUGAGGCAUUGUGUGUUUUUCCCCGGGAAUUAUAUUGUGCAAUGUGGGGAUGCCGAUCAAUGUAUCUACUUCAUCCAUAGGGGAGAGGUAGAAGUAUUGACGGUACAUCCAAAUUUGACGGAAUCAAUUUAUGACAUAUUAGGACCCGAAGAUAGUUUUGGCGUCGCACAGGGUCUAUUUGUUGGAGUUGCACACCAUUUCUCCUUUAGAGCGCGCACAGUAGUAGACAUCGUGUACUUAAAGUUAGAAGAAUGGAAGUAUCUACUAGACUUCUACCCAAAGUCGGCGAAAUUAGUACAACGGAAAGUAGAAAAUGUUUAUUUAGCGAUUUAA